GUGCAAUCUGAUCCUCCGUCCGCGUACCCCAGCCAUCGGAUAGGAUAACUAGGAGGGUGAGCUGCAUGGCGAGGAGGACCCUAGCCCUAGCUCUGACGAGCGGGGCGAUUCGUGGCCUAUGGAUUGGGCUCGCGUACCAGCCAGCCCCCAGUUGGUUGGAGGACAGUCUUUUCCUGUGCAGAUGUCGCUCGCAUUGGUAUCCACGCCCAUUCCACCUGCCUCAUAACUACCCGGUGCCCCGUCCUCGGAAUAUGGGUCGGGAAGGGAUAAGUGUGGGACAUGGCUUAGUACGCGUCCCCCAAGAUUACGAGACCCAAGUCGUUGUUGUGCUUUGACCUACGUAUAUCCCCUGGCCCCCCCUCCAUCUUCCUCUUCCGCGCGCAUGUGUCGUUAACAGUUGUACCAUUGUUACUUUGGUUCCGUACACCCUUCCCCUCUCGGGCUUUAGACCGGCCAGAUUUCAUAAUCGCAUCGUGGUCAUGCCCCAGCUCCUAGCAGGAGGGACACCAUCCUGAGCUCUUUUGAAUCAGAAUUGC